GAUCAAGGCGAUUACAAACUUUUGUGAGUAUUUCUGCUGCAGUAGAAAAGCUUUCUCACACAGAACACUUGUUCCUUGGAUUGAAAGAAAGCCACACACCAUUUUUGCAAGUAUUGGAAACUUAUUCUUAUUUUCAGCCUACUAUAGGAAAAAAUUACUUUUAUUGGUUGUUGGCACAAAUAAAUAUCAAUUUAGGUGUAGUUGUAGUUGUAGUUGUUGCUAAGACGUUAUACUGA